AAGGAAUGGAAUAAAUCAAUAAAUAAUAAGACGACCCCCAACACGAACGACUCUCUAUUUCAUAUUGGCCGGCAGAUUCGCCAUUACCGGUCAACCCAACUCCUCCUCUCCAUUUCCAAUCCGCAUCUCUCUCUAGAAAACCUCUCUCUCUAACCACAUAAAACUCUCUCUCUCUAGCCAGAUAAAACACCUCUCUCUCUCUCCAACACCAAGUUCUUCCUCUCUCUGUGUCCUUAAGAAUGGUAUUGUGAAAUCCUGGUUUCAUGAAUGGCUGCAUAUAUAUGUUGGGUUUGCUGGAAAUGACGAAGUUUCGCGGGCAAAUGGUGAGAGUUCACGUGAAAUGGGGCCUGGCUCGGCAAGUUUCGUUUCUGAAGAGAGUCUUUAGGUAUCUAAUUGACCGGAUUCUGGCGUGUUCCUGUGAUAGGAGGAGUUCUUAUAAGAGGUUGGAGAUGAGCCCUUCUGCGUUUUCCGGCCGAUUUUUGCCGGAAAAUGGUUUUCAGGAGAGUGUUUUGAAGUGCAUGAGUGGGGAUUCAGAUGGGGACUCCAAUUUGGUGGUUUUGAAAAUCAGCCUUCUUGGGGAUUGCCAGAUUGGUAAAACCAGUUUUAUGACUAAAUAUGUGGGAGAUGAAGAGGACAAGAGUUGUCUACAAAUGACGGGGUUGAAUUUGAUGGACAAAAUAUUUUUUAUUCAAGGGGCGAGAAUUGCAUUCAGUAUUUGGGACGUCGGAGGGGAUAGGCAGUUUCUAGAUCAUGUUCCGGUGGCAUGUAAGGACGCGGCCGCAAUUUUAAUAAUGUUCGAUCUCACUAGCCGAAGUACAUUAAACAGUGUUAUUGACUGGUAUCGACUAGCAAGGCAAUGGAAUCAGACAGCAAUUCCGAUUCUGAUUGGGACCAAAUUCGACGAUUUUGUUCACCUUCCUCCUGAUAUCCAAUGGACUAUCGUUAAUCAGGCGAGAAUGUAUGCACAUGCCAUGAAGGCCACCCUCUUCUUCUCUAGUGCGCUACACAACAUCAAUGUGAACAAGAUUUUCAAGUUCAUCACAGCCAAGCUCUUCGAUUUGCCGUGGAGCAUAGAAAGAAACUUGACGAUCGGGGAGCCAAUUAUCGAUUUUUGAGGACUCUUGGGGCACGUUUGACAACCGGAACUUUGGAUGUGGGGCCCUCGGAUUUUGUAAAUAGGAGAUUGUCGGCUGCACGACAACUGUCUUCGCCGCGUGGUAGAAAGAUCGACUCGCGCCGAUUACUUGCCUUGAGCCGGUUACUUGGUCCGAGUUGGGCCGACUUCGGGGUUUGUAUACUCGGCCAGUCAAACCGGAACCGGACACUGGCCAAUCAAGUUUUAGCCAGUUUGGGUGAUCCAACCAGGUUUUUAGAAAUGAAAAAAAUCCUAAAAAAAUAAGGGAUUUGUUUGUAAUGUGUUUUUGAAUAUUUCUUAUCAUUU